CGGUCUUGCGCGCUCAGGCCGGGCAAUGUGCGCGCGUUGCUUUUGGGUCCUGAACCCCGGAAGAGACACUGCGCAGUACCCUCUUACGUGAGGCGGUGGCGGUGGUUCGGGAGUCGUCUGGUCUCCCCGCGGCCGUUCGCAGCUUGCUGGCCUCUCCCUCGCCUCACGUCGGACUGCGGCUCCGCGGCAGGGAAGCAGCAUGGAAGCUGAGGACCUCCAGGAGGAGUUGACGUGCCCCAUCUGCCUGGAGUAUUUCCAGGACCCGGUGUCCAUCGAGUGCGGCCACAACUUUUGCCGCGGCUGCCUGCACCGCAGUUGGGCGCCGGGCGGAGGCCCGUUCCCCUGCCCCGAAUGCCGGCACCCAUCGGCGCCCGCUGCGCUGCGACCCAACUGGGCCCUGGCCAGGCUGACGGAGAAGACGCGGCGCCGGCGCCUGGGCCCCGUGCCCCCAGGCCUUUGCAGCCGCCACUGGGAGCCGCUGCGGCUCUUCUGCGAGGACGACCAGCGACCCGUGUGCCUAGUAUGCAGGGAGUCCCAGGAGCACCAGACCCACGCCAUGGCGCCCAUCGACGAGGCCUUCGAGAGCUACCGGUCAGAUAACUUUGACAUCCGAAGACUAAUUAGGCUGCUGUUGUACCAUUUUAAGCAGGAGGAGAAACUUCUUAAAUCUCAGCGUAACCUCGUGUCCAAAAUGAAGAAAGUCAUGCAUUUACAGGAUGUAGAAGUGAAGAACGCUACACAGUGGAAGGAUAAGAUAAAGAGUCAGCGAAUGAGAAUCAGCACAGAGUUUUCAAAGCUGCACAACUUCCUGGUUGAAGAAGAGGACCUGUUUCUUCAGAGACUAAACAAAGAAGAAGAAGAGUCAAAGAAGAAGCUGAAUGAGAACACGUUAAAACUCAAUCAAAUGAUCGCUUCAUUGAAGAAGCUCAUCUUAGAGGUGGGGGAGAAGAGCCAGGCCCCCACCCUGGAGCUGCUUCAGAAUCCAAAAGAAGUGUUGACCAGGAGUGAGAUCCAGGAUAUGAAUUAUUCUCUUGAAGCUGUAAAGGUGAAGACAGUGUGCCAGAUACCAUUGAUGAAGGAAAUGCUAAAGCAGUUCCAAGUGGCUGUAAACCUAGCUGAAGACACAGCUCAUCCUAAACUCGUCUUCUCCCAGGAAGGGAGAUACGUGAAAAAUACAGCAUCAGCCAGUUCUUGGCCAGUGUUUUCUACAGCAUGGAACUACUUCGCUGGAUGGAGAAAUCCUCAGAAGACCGCUUAUGUAGAGAGAUUUCAGCACUUACCCUGUGUUCUGGGAAAAAACGUUUUCACCUCAGGGAAACAUUACUGGGAAGUUGAGAGAAGAGAUAGUCUGGAGGUUGCCGUUGGGGUGUGUCGGGAGGAUGUCAUGGGAAUUACUGAUCGUUCAACAAUGUCCCCAGAUGUGGGCAUCUGGGCAAUUUAUUGGAGUGCUGCUGGCUAUUGGCCCUUGACAGGCUUCCCUGGAACUCCCACCCAGCAAGAGCCAGCUCUCCACCGAGUGGGGGUUUACCUGGAUCGUGGGACUGGGAAUGUCUCCUUCUACAGCGCUGUGGACGGAGUGCACCUGCACACCUUUGCUUGUUCUUCUGUCUCACGCCUCCGGCCAUUUUUUUGGUUGAGUCCAUUAGCAUCUUUAGUCAUUCCACCAGUGACUGACAGGAAAUGAGGCUUUUCUUCCCCUGACCAAAACUCCUUCCCUGUGGUCCAGCUCAGGGACACACAUCCCCGGGCCCUCUUCUGCCCUUCAUGUCUCUAUCCUGGAUCGUCCAUCUUCUGGGUCUCCCUAAUGGAACCAUUUGGUAUCUGCCCUUUGUGUGCUUCACAAGAGGCAGUCCCGUGGGAGGUGGUUCUGGCCAAUGGAGAUGGGACAGGAAAUUUUCCAAGGUGCUUUUGGGAAAUCUUUUUGUAGGUUUUAAAGAGAUGUGCGGGGAAGACAUAUGGAUGUUAGCAGCCAUAUUGGAACUCAGAACACAGGAAUGGUGGAAAGGUAGAAGAAACAUAGUUUUUGUUGCCAUUGUGAAAUUGUUGAAAUUUCCUUAAUCCUGAGCUUCUUAUAUGAGAUAAUUAUGCCCUUAUUGUCUAAGACAAUUUUAGUUGUAUUUGGUUACUUGCAGCCUGAAGUACCCUAACUGGCACUAAAGGGACAUAGUGUGAACAUCCCACAGUAUAGGCUUAUGUUUGUGAAAUUUGACAAAGGCAUAGAAGAAUCUUUUUCUAUCCAGUCAGGCCUGUUCUUUCCAGUAAGUACUGAUUCCCCCACUUUUCUGUCUUAGAAAAUUGUGGGAAUCCCCCCUCACUCUGCCCAUGUUGCAUUCUCUCUCUUCCCAACCAUGUCUCUGCCCUCAGCUAUUAACUGUACUGUGUAUUUGUCAAGUUCCUAUAUUGUAUGUACGGGGUUAUUCAUGUCAUCAUGAGAAUGUUGGAACGCUUGUUAAGUACUUACCUUUUGCUAGCCUCUUCAUAUGCUGUUGCAUAUGAUUCUCAUCACAACUCAGUGAGAUGGAAAGUAAAAUCCUAUUUGUACAAGUGAGAAAACCGAACUCUUUAGAGUAACUAGCUCAGUAUUGGCUAACUGGUAAAUGGCAGUGUUGGGACUGAAAUCCAGAUUUGUCUGAGAUGAAAGCCCAUGCUCUUAUCUACUCUCCGUUUAUUCGGAAUCAUUUAUUGGAUAUUGAUCUUUGUUUCAGGUUUUGAUUUUGUUACAUGUUUUUUAUACUGUGUGUAUUUUCCUCACUCUACCCUUCUGCUCUAGAUUGUCUGGACUCAGGAGAUUGUAGCAGUUACUGGAUAGUUAUUUUUAAGAUAAUGAUUGCUUUUCUCUGUUCAUAUAAGUCAUGUGUACUUACUGCAGAAAGUUUGUAAGAUACAAAAAGUAUAAAAAUUAAAGUAAUGCACUACUAACAUUUUAUUUUCUCCCAGAUUUUCAAUAAAGACUUUCAGGCAG